CGUUCGCAUACCACGCGGAGAAAUUCCAAUCUUGAACACAUCUCUGUGUUAGAUUCUCCAUCUGCCUUUGAGGCACUACAGUCAGGAGAUGAUAUAUUUGGGGAUAGGCAUUACCGUCAUUUCCGCCAUCGUUCUCCAGGAGGACUUGCAGAGAUUGUGAUGUUUCAAAGUGGCCUGCUGCUUGGAGGAAGAUCAGAUCAACAUGACCAAUAUAGAGAUUGGCGGCUCGAUGUUGAUAAUAUGUCAUACGAGGAGUUACUUGAGCUGGGUGAGAGAAUUGGUCAUGUAAGCAAUGGGUUGAGAGAAGAUGAGAUAUUCCGCUGCCUUAGGAAAAGUAAACACAUGAUUAUGGAUGACUUGCCAUCAUCUCUUCCAACCAAAUUUGAAUGGAAAUGUAGCAUCUGUCAAGAGGAAUACGAAGCAGAUGACGAGGUGGGGAAGCUGGAUUGUGGCCACAGCUUUCACAUAUGUUGCAUUAAGCAGUGGCUUCAGCGUAAGAAUGCUUGUCCAGUCUGCAAGGCUGUUGCAGCAGUUCAAUUGUAAACAGUGGAGGACUGGCUUCUCCUUUUGUUUCAUUGACGUCAAAUGUUUUGGAUCAGCUUUUCUGUCUCAUCUAUUGCUUUGUGUAUAGAUUGAACUCCAAAAUGAGCAAGCAUUAAUUCUUUGGUGUGUAA